CGCGUUACCGAGCGGUGUUCACUUAGUCAAACAGUUUAAGCCAAAUACUAGUUACUAACUAGCAAAUUUUACCCAUAAAAUCAGAAAAAAAUAAAGAAAAGUCAAGAGGAUGUACAACCCAGGAUACCAGGUGGAUGUGAUCGAUCCGUACUAUCAGCCGCCCGUGGAGGUGGUGAAUGUGAUUGGACCCCCUCCCCCCGUGGAGGUUAUAAUGCCGUCGCCCAUAUACGGUCAACCAGUGGUGGUGGUGGAGCAGCCCAGCUACAAUCAGCCAGGACCUCCGCAAGGACCCAGUGACGCCGAAUGCUGCAUGCUGCUGGGCGCCUGUUGCGUAAUGGAGGAGUGCGGACUGUGUGUCAUCUCGUAGAAUUGUGCAGUUGUGAAAAACUUUUAAUAAAUAAGAACUAUGUAAACUAAACGCUUAAAAUAUAAACUAAGGCUAAGGGUGACUAAUCAAAGUGAUGAUUCAAAGUUUGCGUUCAAAUCGGUUCUUAAAACAUAAAAUAUCAUUAUGCAAAGGUGUUUAUAAACUAAAGUUCUUGUAGGGAAUAACCAGACAAAAAACUAUUUUGCUAUGUACAACUUUAUGAAUAAUAGAAUUUUAAAAAGAAAAUGCUAUAAUUUUGUAUUGUAAAAUUGUCACAGUCAUGUUUAUUUGCAGAAAAAUGGUUUUUGUAUUUUACUUUUAAAAAUCUUUUACAAUACCAUUCUGAUAUCAUGCAGAUAGCUAGUUCCCGAAUUUUCGAUAAAUCACAAACAACAUAAAAUCCAUUGUCUAUUGAUAAGAGCCCUUUGAUAUUAAAUAUUACCGA